CAUUGCAUGUUAAUUUACAUAUUUGUAAUGUAAAGACAAAAUUAAAAACAUUAUUAUAAAAAACAGUUUUAAUGAUAACACGUGAAUUAAUGUUAAAGUGCAUCAAUAAUGACAAAAAACUCCAAACAAUCAAGUGAUGAAAAAAAGGCUAUUCCACGCCACGGACUUUCAAUCACUAAUGUAUGUCAACUUCACUAUCUGCAAAAUUCUCGGAGUAUUUCCAUACAAGAUCAAGGGUUCAACUUUCGAAACUUCAAAAUCACGAUACGUUUUGUUCACUAUCGUUAUCUGCGCUAUCUGCUUUUACGAAAUGCUGAUGUUCUAUAUACUCAAUUUCUCCGGAGAAGUCAAGCUUGAAGUGCCCAGGAUUAUCACAUAUAACUUUCAUUUUAUACUUGGAGUAUUUGUAGUCAUUGUUUGGCAUGUUUUAAGCGGUCCAAGAAUGCGUUUGCUCCAGAAUAUACAAGAAAUUUCUUCAAAAUUGUCCCCAGAAUCUUAUCAAAAGCUCUCUAAACUAAUCCAUACAAAAGAUAUCAUCACAAUUUUCUUUAUAUUGUGGCUAUUGGUGACGGUAAUUCACAAUAAUGACAUGGUCAUUGAUGCUUCACUCGAGCCACUAAGAUUCUAUAUCGCCACAAUAGUGUUUCAGAUGGACAUGCUGCACAUGAAUUGUGCUUGUGUCUUAAAGGCCUGUUUCGAAGAUAUCAAUAAUAAUCUAGAGAAUCUGCAGAAGUUUAUGGUGAACGAUAUCUCUAGACGCGUCUACCAUGAGCAAAGAAAUCUACUGAUGGAACUCAAAGCUCUGAAGAAACAACAUCUGAUGGUCAGCAAUGUAGUACAAAUGCUGAACAUAAACUUUAGCUUGCAGGUUCUCGUUACCAUAUGCGUAGUCUUUAAACAGAUCACUUUCUUCUUGUAUUUCCAUAUAGUGCAAUGGCAAGACGGGAUAUCCAUUAUUUUCGACAAGCAGAUUAAUGGAGAAUUUUUUGUAACGCAUUUAUCGUUUUAUCUUACAAGAAUAUCGUUAAUAGUAUGGGCUUGCGAAACUGGCAAAAAUCAAGCCACAAGAAUUAGUACCACUGUUCAUGAUGUGCUUAAUGUCACUAAUAAUAAGCAAAUAAAACACGAGUUGCAGCUAUUUUCCUUGCAAAUAUUGCAUCGCAAAAAUACAUUUUCUGCAAAAGCUCUUCCCAUAGACGCGACACUUCUUACUACGUUUGCACGUGACAUUACAUUGAUCAUGUUUAAUCCGUCGUGGAACUUUCAAAGACGAGUCAAGAGCAAAAUGUGGGAAAGAUGGCAACUGUUUCACGCUACGGACUUUCAAUCUCUAAUGUAUCCUUGCUUCACCAUUUGCCGUAUUCUUGGAAUAUUCCCGUACAAGAUAAGCACUUCAAGUUUCGAGGCAUCAAGAUCGCGUUACGUAGUACUGGCUAUCAUCAGCUGCAUCACCUGCGUUUAUCAACUAGCAAGAUUUUAUGAAAUCAACAUAUUAGGAGAAAAAAGGGAUAGUACAGCCGCAAAAAUUCAAGACAACUGUUAUACUAUGCUUGGAAGUUUCGUGCUAAUCGUCUCGUUUAUUUUGAGUGGUCCACGAAUGCGCUUACUAAAGACCAUAUUAGAAAUUUCUACAAAAUUACCUCCGAAAUCGUAUGAUAAACUAUCCAAGUUAAUACACACCAAAGACAUAUUUGGUUUUCUCUGGUUAAUCGGCCCAACGUUGCUAUCAUUUCUACAUUUCUAUCAAGAUGUCAAUCAAAAUCUCAGUGUGUUUUUAACAUUAGGAAUAAUGGAUCAUUACAUUAGCUUACAAUUAUUUCCAAUGGAUAUGUUAUAUAUGAAUUGUGUUUGUAUACUAAAAGCUUGCUUUAAAAGAAUUGAUGACAAUCUGAUCCAUCUACGAGAGAUUUAUCUCAUAGUAAAUGAUAAGUCGCGAUUUCCUAGAUUGAUCUAUCAUCAACAAAGAAACAUAUUGGAAGAACUUAAAACUUUUGAAAAACAAUAUCUGUUGGUUAGCAACGCAGUGCAAAUGUUAAAUAUAAUUUUUACACCACAGCUCCUCGCAACUUUUAUUAUAGUUUUCAUCGAGAUUACUUUCGAAAUAUAUCUGCAUACGGUGCAAUGGCAAAACGGACUGUCCAUUAAUCUGAUGGAGCAGAUUCAUAAACCAUUCUUUGUGUCUUACAUUAUGUAUCAUAGUAUAAAAAUAAUGUUAAUAGUAUGGGCUUGCGAAACCGGUAAAAAUCAAGCUAUAAAGAUUACCACCACCGUUCAUGAUUUUCUUAAUAGCGCUAAUGACAAGUAUCUAAAAAAUGAGUUGCAGACGUUUUCUUUACAAAUACUGCAUCGCGAUAACACAUUUUCUGCGAAAGGUCUUACUGUGGAUGCGACUCUCCUCACUGCGAUGGUGGGUACAAUUACCACGUACCUCUUAAUUUUAAUUCAAUUCUUAAUAACGGCCCAUACUUGCGACGCAAAAACUGGAACUUAACAUUAAACAAUCUAAUUUGAAAAGAUGAUGUAAAAUUUGAAAAGAUGUAAGUAUAAAUUAAAGGAAUAUAAUAAUAAAUUUUUGUAUAUAAGCAUAUAUGUAUAUAUAAAAAAUAAGAUAAAUGAAGAUUAACAUGUUUGAAACCAAAGAACUACAAAAAGGAUUAUGUAAGUUAGCACGAAACUUAGUAUGCAAUAAUUAUAAUCACUCUGCUAUUAUCACAUUUUUAAAAGUUAAAUAAUUAAUAUAGCGAUACAAUCCGA